AUGGAGCGAUUUCAAGAUCAAAUUAGGAAUAGCUCUUUUACUUUCUACAUUGGUAGCACAAUCUUUUGUGUGUUUGCUCUACUAUCAUUUACGAUGUUAUGUAGUUUACCAUUCUAUAAACUAGUGAUGAGAAGUAACAAGAAAAAAAUCAUAUCAAGCUCACAAAGAUUAUCAAUAGAAGGAGAAAGAUCAACGGAUCAAUUACUCCAAUCCAAUGAAUAUUCAACCGAAGAACCUUUUACAUCAACUCCAAUCAGACCCGUCAAUCUCCGCACAGUAGAACCUAAAAUCAGAUCACUAGGUUUAAGUGUAUUCUGGGUAUUCUUCGUAACCUUAGCAGUUUUUCCUUCAAUAACAGGCUCAAUAAUUUCAAUCAACUCAAACCAAAUCAAUCCAACCUCAACUUCCACAUUUUUGAAAAAUUGGAAACAUCCAUUGAUCUUUAUACCAUUACAUUUUUUAUGUUUUAAUUGUGGUGAUUGGUUAGGUAGAAUUAUUCCUCAAAUUUGGUCAAACUUUUCGUUUGCUUUGAUUAAAAAGAAAAAAGUUUUAUAUGCUAUGAGUUUUUCUAGGAUUAUCUUUGUUCCUUUAUUCUUGCUUUGUAAUGUAGAGAAUAGCUCUGUUGUUCUAUUCAGAAGCGAUUUCGCUUAUUUUUUGAUUCUUUCUCUAUUUGCGAUUUCUAAUGGUUAUACUUCAACUCUCUUAAUGAUUGCAGGAGUAGCAGAACCAAGUCUCGAACCGGAAGAAAUAGCGGUUGCUGCAACUUGCAUGUCCCUUUAUCUUACAUCUGGUUUAGCCAUGGGGAGUUUUAUUAGUUUUGGUGUAAAAGCUUUAACUACUGUAUUAUGA